AUGGACGGUGGCCAGACCUCAACGUCCGCCCCCACGGGUAACUCCAGUGAUUUUGUACGGAAACUGUACAAGAUGCUGGAGGAUCCGUCGUAUUCAGAGAUCGUUCGUUGGGGUGACGAAGGCGACAGUUUUGUAGUCUUGGAGUGUGAAAAAUUUACAAAGACGAUUUUGCCAAAGCAUUUCAAACACAGCAAUUUCGCGAGUUUCGUACGCCAGCUCAAUAAAUAUGACUUUCACAAAGUCAGGCAAAAUAACGAAGAAACCGGGCAGUCACCAUAUGGGCAGAACGCCUGGGAAUUCAAACACCGUGAUUUCCGGGCAAACAACAAGGAGUCUCUCGAUAAUAUCCGACGAAAAGCACCUGCGCCACGCAAGCAGACCCAAGCCAGCGAAGACACAGUCCCGACGCAACAAAUAGACCUUUUGAACCAGCAAGUUGUCGCCCAACAGCAGCAGAUUCAACACCUCUCAGAUCGUUAUGCGCAGCUCUCGGUUGAUCACCAAUUGAUGCUACAGGAGAUCAUGAGAGUUCAGAAAACCGUACUCAACCAUGAAAAUGUCAUUCACCAAGUUCUGACCUAUUUGCUAUCCGUAGAUGCCCGCCAGAGACGCAGUAACAAGGCUUCCGUGGCUUUUACGGCCGCUGGUCAAGGCGGAUCAGCUAUUAGCCCUUCCGUUACUACGGGUGACGAGGAGCCGUCUACACCCUUGCAGAAUGCCACGAAACUCCUGAGCGACAUGAAUGCCGAGAUUCAGUUCAACUUGUCGAGUUUGGACACAUUAAGCGACCCCCGAAAAGCUGCCGCCGCUGCAGCGAACGCAGCUGCGGCGAACAUGGUUUCUACACCUACUCUAGAAAAUGGUUCACGAAGCAAUGCAGUUCGCCCGCCUACAACUACGGCUCCUAACUCGGGUCUUGUGUAUCCCAAGAUGAAUGGUGAACUGGAGCAAGUGGUGUAUCCGGUUGGAACUUCCAAUGGGAUCGACCCAGCAAUGUACAGUGAAAACAUGAAUAAUGUUCCUUACCCAAUGCCGACGAAAGAACUUGAGUCCUCGGACGCUCGUCGACAGUUCCCAGAAAAUCGGAAAAAGAGUACAAACGUCGAUCCAGGGUGGAUACGAAGUCCUCAGAUCUUGCUGGUAGAGGACGAUGCGACUUGCCGUCAAAUAGGCGGCAAAUUCCUCUACUCGUUCUCUUGCGUCAUUGACACUGCUUUUAAUGGUCUUGAAGCAGUGAACAAAAUGCAAGGAGGCUCAAAAUACGACUUAAUCUUGAUGGAUAUCAUCAUGCCACACCUGGAUGGAGUUUCCGCAUGCCAUCUUAUUCGCCAAUUUGACAGAACGCCCAUAAUCGCCAUGACAUCCAACAUCAGGAGCGAUGAUAUCCAGCAAUAUUUCCAGCAUGGGAUGGAUGAUGUCCUUCCAAAGCCUUUUACCCGAAAGAGUCUCCUUGAUAUGCUUGAAAAACACCUAGUACAUCUAAAGACUAUGCCUCUCGCCAUGGAGGCCGCAGCGGCACCUACAACCACAGUCCCUACUAUGGCCGCCCAGAGCUCAGCGCCGCAUUCUGUGAAGGAUGACGGAUCUCCCGCCCCGUCGCCUUCGGCGCCAAUGAACACUUGGCAGUCACCUGCCCAGUUUCAAAGUAUGGCCACGAUCCCUCAGACUGUCCAGCAGGUUCAGCCCCAAUACGUUUCGACCACCCCAGUCACGACUACAUACGUGGACCAAAGUGGGAUUCAGUACCCAGCGAACCAGGCAGCCGUGAAUAUGAAUGCGGCUCGACGACAGCACCGGCGACAAAUGUCCGAAAUGUCUAGUGCUGCGGACGGAGAAACUCUGGCUAAACGACAACGCAUGUAUGCCCCUCAGCCUCAAUUAAUGGUCAACUCCGUGCAAGCUGCCCGCUCUGGUUAA